AAAACAGAACGUAGCCUUUCCACCAUUUCACUUCUUUUCACAGUUUAUACGCAACGAAGCAAAGGCACGUAAUGACCCAAGCUUUAAUCUACUGUCUGUACCUAAUACCGUAAACAGAAGCCGGUAUAUUGAGAAUCAUGGCAAUGGCCGAAGAUCAGUCUCUGUUCAUAAAACAGAUGUGUUCCCCUCCUCCAACUCCACGUCCUCUGUUGAAGGCCCAGACAAGUUUUGCCCUGUGCAUCACAAACCACAUCCCUUACGAAGGUGCAGAGGCUUCAGGGAAAGACCUAUUGAUGAACGAAAGAAAAUAUUGAAGGAGCACAAUAUCUGCUUUAAAUGCUGUGCUUCAGAUAAGCAUGUAGCAAGGUAAUGUGAGUCAACAGCCAGAUGUUUCGAGUGUGGCAGCGACAGGCAUCCAACUGCCCUGCACCCAGGCCCAGUUCCAUGGGCCUCCAAGCCCUCUACUUCCCCAGAAGAGCAUGGCGGGGAGAAACCAGAAGUCCAAGAGUCUGCCGUUGUGUCCAACUGUACUGAAGUGUACGGAGAAGGGUUUCAUGGCAAGUCUUGCUCCAAAAUAUGCCUUGUCACUGUCUAUCCAGCUGGUGACCGCGACAAAGGCAAGAAAAGGUAUGCUAUGCUGGAUGACCAGAGUAACAAGUCCUUAGCUCGAUCCAAGUUCUUUGACAUAUUCAAAAUAAACAGCCCUACAUUACCAUACACACUGAGAACUUGUUCUGGGAUGGGUGAAACAGCUGGCCGACGAGCUACAGGAUAUGUCAUAGAAUCUGCAGAUGGUGCAAUCAGUUUCUCUCUGCCCACGCUUUUGGAAUGCAACUUUAUUCCCAACAAUAGGGAUGAAAUUCCCACCCCAGCAGCCGCGCAUGGCCACCGCCACCUCAGAAGUAUAUCUCAUGAGAUUCCUCCUCUGGAUCCAUCCGCGCAUAUCCUUCUUUUGCUGGGAAGAGACAUAUUAAGGGUCCAUAAGGUACGCAGACAGAUCAAUGGUCCCCAUGAUGCAGCGUACGCCCAGAAGUUGGACUUAGGAUGGGUAAUUAUAGGUGAUGUGUGUUUGGGAAGCACUCACAAGCCCACAGAGGUCACUGUAAUGAAAACAUACGUUCUCGAGAACGGCAGGCCAAGCCACUUCCCUCCAUGUGAGAGCCAUUUGUCUGUCAAAGAGAAACCUGUCCUUCCCAAUCAACUACAUUUUUUCCCCUCACACCUCAAAGGAAAAUUGCCUUAGCACAAACAUUGGAGGCAUAGGAAGUUCAGUCUUCCACCAAACCAAAAACGACAACAAUCUUGCACCAUCAAUGGAGGAUCUCUUAUUCCUCGAGACAAUGGAGAAUGAAUUCAUUCAAGAUGACACAAGAAGCUGGGUGGCCCCACUACCGUUCCGCCAGCCACGGAGAAGGCUCCCCAACAACCGGCAAUAUGCAUUGAGCCGCCUUAAGUCCUUGCAACCCACCCUUGAGAGAAAAACAGAGAUGAAGACCCACUUCAAGAACUUCAUGCAGGCAAUGCUAGAUGCCCAGCACACAGAGCUCGCUCCUCCAACAGAGGAGGGCAAAGAGUACUGGUAUUUGCCUUUUUUGGAGUCUAUCACCCACAAAAGCCCUCACAGAUACGUGUUGUCUUUGACUCCAGUGCACAGUUUGAAGGCGUAUCCCUCAAUGACGUGCUACUCUCCGGACCAAACAUGCACAACAGUCUGCUGGGUAUUCUUCUGAGAUUCAGGAAGGAGGCAGUGGCAAUCACAGCUAACAUCCAGCAAAUGUUCUACAACUUCCUGGUGCGACAGGACUGUAGGGAUGUUCUGCGCUUUGUCUGGCACCAAGACAAUGACAUGAGUAAAGAUGUGGUGGACUACAGAAUGAGGGUGCAUGUGUUCGGGAACAGCCCCUCACCCGCUGUGGCCACCUAUGGAUUAAGGAAGGCCGCGCAACAGGUAGAGGAACAGUAUGGAGUUGACGUCCGACACUUCAUAGAACGUGACUUCUAUGUGGACGAUGCUCUCAAGUCUGUCGCCACUGUACAACAGGCAAUUCAUCUUCUCAAAAGGACACAGAAGAUGCUGGCGGCCUCAAACUUGCGGCUUCACAAGAUAGCCUCUAACAGGCCAGAGGUUAUGGACGCAUUCCCAGUGGAGGAUAGGGCCAAGGACUUCCAGGAUCUCGACCUGUUCAUGGACGACCUACCAGAUCAGCGCAGUCUCGGAGUAAGAUGGAACAUUAUGUCAGACUACUUUACAUUCCAUGUCCCAGAGAUGGAAAGGCCUUAUACACGCAGGGGUGUGCUCUCCAUGGUAAACAGCCUUUUUGACCCCCUCGGGUUCCUGGCACCAGUAACCGCACAAGGACGGCUUCUGCUCAGAGAAGUAUCAGCACAGGCUUCUGACUGGGACACAAUUCUCCCCGAGGAAUUGCAUGAAAAAUGGAUUGAAUGGCGAACUUCUCUGCGACAUCUUGGCAACAUCCAUUUGCCGCGAACAUACUCACGCAUUCCCUCCUCUAAGAUCCAGAGCACAGAGCUAUGUGUCAUCUCGGAUGCAUCUGUGAAAGCUAUAGCCACUGUGGCUUACCUGAAGGUCACCAGCACUGAAGGGAACACAGAACUGGGGUUUGUCAUAGGGAAAGCACGCCUUGCUCCUCAGCCUGAACUCACCAUCCCCAGGCUUGAACUGUGUGCAGCAGUCACGGCUGUAGAAAUGGCAGAGGUAAUAAGUGAAGAGAUUGACCUCACACUUGACUCCAUUAGCUUCUAUACAGAUAGCAAGGUGAUUCUUGGUUAUAUACACAAUCAGUCAAGAUGUUUUUAUGUCUAUGUAAAUAACAGAGUUCAGCGCAUUAGGCAGUCUACUGUACCUGCACAAUGGCAUUAUGUACCAACGGAUCAGAAUCCUGCCGACCAUGGCUCACGCUCUGUUCCGGCCUCAAAACUCCUCAGCACCAACUGGCUCUCAGGACCUUCGUUCCUUCAUCAUUCAUCAGUGUCGCCGUCAGAACAUGAUGCAUUCAAGUUGCUUGAACCAGAGAAGGAUGCAGAGAUCCGCCCAGAGGUGAAAACUCUGUCCACGCAUAUCACAGAAAAUCUCCUGAGCUCAAAGAGAUGGGAAAGAUUCUCCACAUGGAAAUCAAUGACAAAUGCUGUUGCCAACCUCCAGCACAUUGCUCGCUGCUUUGCUCAUCCUAAAGAAAAUGAAGACUGUAAUGGCUGGCACAUUUGUAGGAGGGUGCCCUACUGUAACACUCUUGAAGAAGCAGAGAAGGUGAUCAUCAGACAUGUACAGCGUGAAGUCUAUGCAGAGGAAUUCUGCUACAUUGAAGCAAAACGGAAUCUGCCACAUAGCAGUCCUCUCAUAAAGCUGAACCCAUCUAUAGACAACACUGGCGUGCUCCGCAUAGGUGGCCGCAUUAAUCAGUCAGGCCUCGAGUUGAAAGAGACACACCCCAUUAUCUUACCUGGCAACCAUCAUGUCUCAACACUGUACGUCACCACCAUGAGAAGAUCCAGCAUCAAGGGAGACAUUUCACAGAGGGCGCCAUCAGAGAUAACGGCCUGUGGUUAGUUGGAGCUAAAAGGUGUGUAAAUAAAGUCCUCAACAAGUGUGUGAAUUGCAGGAAACUCAGAGGAAAGAUUCAGGAGCAGCAGAUGAGUGAUUUACCUGCAGAUCGUCUCCAGAUGGAUCCCCCCUUCUCAUACGUGGGCUUGGACAUGUUCGGGCCAUGGGAGGUGUUCACCAGACGAACGCGUGGGGGACAAGCCAACAGUAAGCGAUGGGCAAUACUGUUCACCUGUUUAUGCAUUAGGGCUGUCCACAUUGAAGUUGUCGAAGAAAUGACGUCUUCUAGCUUCAUCAAUGCCUUUAGGCGCUUUGUUGCUCUGCGUGGCCCUGUCAAGCAGCUGCGCUCAGAUUGCGGCACAAAUUUUGUUGGUGCAUGCAGAGAGAUGGGAAUCACUACAGAACAGGAAAGAGUCCAGGGGCCCGUUCUUCGUACGUCGCUAACUCGGUUAGCUGGAUUUGAUUGUUGACGAUUUGGCAUGAUCUUGGAUUGUUUGGUUCUUCGAAGCUCGUCCUAGACUUGCUGUCAUAGCAACAGGUCCGUAAGCUUGAACCUGCUCGCGAGCAGGCUUACUUCAUGUAAACAGGAUUAGAUUGCGGCUUUAUAAGAGGAGGAGCUGGGUAAGUCUGUCGCAGAGCUUUUCGAAUUAAUCGCGUUUUGCGAGAUCGACAGGAUCCUUUAGCGCAGCGCGAUAAUCUACUGAUUGAGAGAUAUCGUUUUUCUCGGGAGGGUGUAAUCUACAUUAUCAACUUGUUGGACCCACACGUUAAAUGUUCGACUCGUCGCAGUCGGGCUUUAACAACUGCACAAACAGUUUGUAUAGCUUUGUGACUCUUUGCGAGUGGCAUUUUCCUUUACACUAUUGGAGAUGCAGAAAACUUGGGUAAACGUGCUGUUUGUCGUGCCACUCGCAAAGUUUAUCUGUCACUCAAACAGUUUUUAGGGGGCUUUGUGGUAUUUCCAAGCCAGUUAAGACCACAGGCUGUGAAGCAGAUUUGUUUUGCCAUUGCAGGUACAUUAUAAUUGUUAAUGAAGAUCAUGGAAUCAUGAUCAUGCCAAAAAGUAGCCUAGGACUUACAGUAUUUGUUCCUCAGGCUUCCCUAACCUUAUUGGUGCCAUAGACUGCACACACGUCCCCAUCAAGGCCCCACCUGGCCCAAAUGAAGAGGAUUUUUUGAACCGAAAGGGAUUUCACAGUGUAAAUGUGCAAGUGCUUACGAUGGGAUCCUGUUUGGCGACAGGGGCUAUGACUGCAGGCAGUACUUCAUGACGCCAUUCCCUGACCCAAACCCUGGACCACAAACCCGUUACAAUACAGCUCUAGCCAGGACAAGGGCACGCAUUGAAAUGACCUUUGGCCAACUAAAGGAAGAUUUCAGUGUGUUAAGGGUCUGAGGGUUGCACCUGGAGAGGACCCCUGUGGUGGAGGUGCAGCCUGAUG